AUGCGGCCUGGCUGGGCCUGGCUGCUGCCUGGCUGCCUGCUCGUCUUGCCGCUCCUGGCCGUCUCGUCCGUCCUAUCGCAACCAUCAGUUGGUCACUUUUGGCACAUAUCCGACCUCCACUAUGACGUCAACUACUCGCUGGACGGGGACAUUCGGCACAACUGCCGGCGGUGGAGCGGCAACGGCAACGGGCUGGGCAUGCGGGAGAGCCAGCGGCCGGAGGGGCGCUUCGGCGACCUGCACUGCGACGCGCCCCUCGCCCUGCUCGAGUCCGCCACCACGGCCAUGAAGGACAUCGCCAAGGAGGUCGACUUCGUCCUCUGGACCGGGGCGGGCCCCGUGUCCGGGCACGACCAAGGCUCCCAGGCCACCCAGGUGGUGACGCAGCUGCUGCUGCGCGCCUUCACGUCGCAGUUCGUGUUCCCCGUGCUGGGCCCCGACAUGCGGCACGCCGACCACUACAAGCAGGCCGCCGACCUGUGGCGGAACUGGCUCCCGGAGGAGGCCAUGCCGACCUUCUACAAAGGGGGCUACUACACGAUCGAGCAGCGCGGCAAGCCGCUCCGCAUCGUGGCGCUCAACACCAACCUGUGGCUGGAGAGUCCCGGGCGCGGCGGCGGCUACUCGCGCGACGCGUGGGAGCCGCGGCGCAGCCGCGAGGGCGUGGCCGGCGUGGUGCGGGAGCCCUGGGAGGUGCGCGAGAACCGCGUGCACGACGAGGACCCCGCCGGCCAGUGGCGCUGGCUGGACGACGAGCUGCUCAAGGCGCGCCUCGCCAAGAAGACGGUGUACCUCGUGGGACACACCGCCCCAGGGGCGGACGACCGGGCCACCAACCCCACUCUGGCAAGCGGCCACGGCGGCCUGCUGGAGCACCACAACACCCGCUUCCUCAAGACCAUCAAGCGCUACUCCGACGUCAUCCUGGGCCAGUUCUUCAGCAACAGGCACUCCGACACCUUCCGGGUGGUCAAGAACGACACAGGUUCCCCGGUGUCGUGGAUGCUGAUGCCGCCUUCCGUGACGCCGCGGCGGACACAGGGCGGCUCCAACAACCCGGGCAUCCGCCUCUACAAGUACGACAACACCACGGGCAGCGUGCUGGACUACUCGCAGUACUACCUGGACCUGGCCAGGGCCAACCGGGAGGGCCGCGCCGACUGGCAGCUGGGCUACAACCUGACGAGCUACUACGGCAUGCGCGAGGUCAACGCGCGCGCCUUCGACGCCCUGGCGGAGUCCUUCACGGACCCGGAGCUCGGCCCGGCCAGCUUCGCACGGUACUACCGGGCCAACUCGGCCAUGCUGUACGACGGGCCCGAAAACUGCUACCCGCAGUGCCAGCGAUACCACUACUGCGCCAUCACGCGUUUGCUGUACAGCGACUACAGGACGUGUCUAGAGUCCCCGGCCUCGGCGCUGCCCGCGUCGGGGGCCGCUGGCGUGGCCUCGGUGCCCCUCAGCCUCCUCGUCGCCAUCCUGGUGGCCGCCCUGAGGACGUCAUGAUGGACCUGCUCCCCACCCCUCGGAGGCCCGCAAGGGUCGGCGGCACAGCGAGUAGGGAUUAAGAAAAGAAAACAAACCGUGUUGAGUGGACCAAACAAGUAAAUAGAGCCGCGGGAAGAGAAGAGAUUUGAUAUUUUGUAAAAUGUAGGGAACAAAUGGAACGGGACAACAUCACGGCCAGAGAGUGGAGUGCGCUGUAAAGCGAUGUAAUAUAUAUGAAACAUUUGCCAAAUAGGAUAUAUUGUACAUUAUUAUACGUUGUAAAGUUUCUUCGUCUGUGUUUGUUCGAGGCACCUCUCUAUUUUAGCUAAAAAAUGUGUUUGCCGCUUGUUUUUAAGGGCUGUGUGAGCACGCCACAUGUAGGAAACCUUCUGAGACUUGGUCUCGUCAUCACUAAAGAAUCUUCUCGUUUCGUUCCUGGUCGUUGUUUUGUUGUUGUUUGAGAGGACGAAGUUCCCUCAACAAAAACACCAGAUAGUUUCACUUGUUACUCAUAAAGCACAACCCGAUACCGCUUUAGCAAAAUGUCCUUGAUUGUUGUAUAGUUCUUUCAGUCCCAGACGUCCUGCGAAAUGAAAAAACAAAAGCGGCAAGUAAAAAAAAAAUCUUAAAAACAUGAUUUUUCCCAGUGUCCGUUUCCGGAGACUUUGAAGUCUCCGAGUCUUGGUCGGUUGUACGGUUCUCCCCAAUGUUUCUUUGUGUUGCUGGCCGGGAGUUAUCAAUCUAGCCUCGGCGUCCUCUUUGGGUCCUUUCGGACGGCGGCGCUCGUCCUGAGGCUCGGCCUGAGGCUAGGCCUGCCUGUAGCGAGGCUAGCCAGAGACAGAUCCGACUUGCGGUGGGGCGGCGGGGCGCUGCCUCUCCAUCCGUCAUUCUCGGACCGGCUUGCUUCCUAAUUGAGCAUCCUAAGCACGAACCGUCAACCCUGCCCCUAUUCCCCGACUCGACUGGCCGCUGUCGCCGGGAAGCAGCGCUACUGUAAAAUGCAUCACUCUGUCAUCUGUACCUACUCUGGUGUGCGUGCGUGUGUGUCUGUGUGCGUCCAAGGACGCGUGAGUGUGACCUCAAGUCAAGAGUGGCGGUUUCGGAUCUAAUUGCCCCAGCCGCUUGGUGUCGACAGAAACGACGCCUACUUUUGGCUCUCAAGAAAUUUAGAAAAAUUAUUUUGGAAUACGCUGUGAGAAAAGGGGUGAAUGUUAUGUGACAAGUUAAAUGUGUGUUUAUGCUGCUGAGUUAAGAAUAUUAGACACGGCUCUGUUCGACUUGUGUCAUAUUAUGUGAAUUUUGUUGUACAUACGUUGUUUUCUUUUUCGGAUAUUCUCAGACUGUAGUUUGAGGCUACAUUUCUAGUCAAAGCUGAGGAUUGAUUUUAUGGAAUUUAGGCUAAGAUAACAUAACGUUUGCUUUCUGUUCCGUGGUGACGUAACUGCUUUAGAAAAAGUCCAUUACGGUAUAUUGCCUGUUAAUGGGGCGUUUUUCGUAACCUAGCCAAGUCACAUCUAUAAAAUUCAGAUCAGAUUUUUUUUAUAAAGUCCAUGUGACUAAAGCUUAGCUGUGACUAGCUUACGGAAAAUACUCUGCUUCCGACUUUACUUACUGCAUUAUGUGAAAUGUGUUCUUGAAUUUAUUUCUGAUCUACUCUUAACUCUUCGAGAAGUAUAUUUUACCUGUAUUGUACAUACAAAUAAAUGUCUAUGAUUAUAUGUGUGUGAGUGUGAGUGCCGUCUGAAAAAAAAAGACAUUCUUAGGUAGCGCAAGGGGAGGGGUUGGGGCGGGUAACUCUAUUCGGAAUGCUAGACGAUGUUUUCUUCUGACUGAAUGGCGUUUUUUCCUUCCGUUCCUAUCUUUUUGUUUCUCUCGCGUGGCAAACGCGCGAGUGCUGUGUAGAGACGGAGCGAGUGCGUGAGCAGGGGGAAAUGCCACUUUGUAAUGAAAUUUGUUUUAUGUAUACUGCAUAAAUAAAUAUUACCGUCAGUUUGCUAA